AUGGAGGUGAUCCGCGAACCUCAGGGGUUGAUCCUUUCACAAAGGAAGUUUACCUUUGAUCUUCUCAAGGAAUUUGAUGCAAUGCAACUGGUUCCUGUUUCUUCUCCACUUGAUCCAACAUCUAGGCUUCUUGCUAAGACAGAGGAUCUUGUAAAGGACCCUACUUUAUAUCGUCAUUUACUUGGUAAACUGAAUUACCUAACACAUACCAGACCUGAUUUAUCUUUCACGGUCCAGCACUUGAGCCAAUACAUGCAGGACCCCAAGAAACCCCAUCUAGAUGUUGCCUAUCGCGUGCUUCGAUAUUUGAUGAAGGGUCCUGGAUUUGGUCUUUUUAUGUCAUCUUCAUCCUCUUUUCAGCUCUUGGCAUUUUGUGAUUUGGAUUGGGCAACUUGCCCGGAUUCGCGUAAAUUAGUAAGCGGCUUUUAUAUCUCACUUGGAGCUUCGCUAAUUUCAUGGAAAUCUAAGAAACAAACCUCAAGUUCUCUAAGUUCUGCCGAGGCUGAAUAUCGCUCAAUGCGACGAGUGGUUGCAGAACUUACUUGGCUGGUCCGUCUCUUUGAAAAUCUAUCUAUUCCCGUAACCCUUCUAGUUCCUUUACACUCAGAUAGCCAAGCAGCAAUACAUAUAGCUAAAAACCAUGUAUUUCAUGAACGGACGAAACAUGUUGAGUUGGAUUGCCAUUUUGUCCGGCAACAGUUCUUGUCUAGUUUGAUUUUCCUUUCUUUUGUUCGAUCUUCGGCUCAACUGGCGGAUCUCUUCACAAAAUCGCUCCCAGGACCUCGUCAUCAUAAUCUCUUGGGCAAGUUGGGGGUGAUUUCUUCCCCUUCCAACUUGAGGGGGUGUUGGUCCCAAGAUAAUGGACAAUAA